UGUUACAUUUAUUUAAUAUUUCAGCUCUUACUACCGAUUGGGCGUACCACAACCCUACCUCCCCAGUAUUUCGAUUUAGACCCGCUCCUCCCAUCUCUCAAUCUCCGGAACAAUCCUCAAAUUUAGGGUGAUUCGUGCACCCACCCCAUGUCUCUACACCCCUAGCCCCUCACUCGAAUCGCCCAUCCACCGUCUGUGCAAACCCUAGACCCACCCUCUAUCACCCUUCUGAUUGAGACCGACGUAUAGCCGACCCAUCUCCUUCGAGGCUCCGACUGCAAAGGACCUCUCCCCCGAGGCUUGGACCAUCGACCACGCUCAAUCGCCCAUUCUCCAGGUGCUUGAAAAGCUUGUUGCCCACGGAGAUGUCGGGGGAAACGAGAUCUGUGUUUCUUGUGGCACAUUGUUGGGAGAUGGACUUGUCAGGUGCAGUCUAUCGAGUAAAACUCCAAGGAGGAGUCCCUCUUGAUCUAGAACCUGUGUACCAGUUCUUCGAGAAGGAGCCGCUUCCUUAUCUUCACUCUCAGUGUGCAAGGAUUUUCAGCAAUUCCAACUCCAAGUUACAUCGAAUGGUACAUUCAGAUUCAGACGCUGCCAAACCCCCCACUUUUAUUGGAUAUAACUGUGCCAUGGAUACCACAUCUGAAACAUUCCCUGCCCCUAAAACACCUAAGCCGCUCGGGUCUGUUGUCUCUGCGUAUGGACACAUCUACCAUAUUGCAGAUCCCUUGUCCGGAACUCCAGAAUGCAGCUCAAACAUUCCGAACCCAUCCUUUGAGCGUUAUAAACCUGGUCAGGAAACUUGGGAGACACUGCCUCAUUUUCCGUAUUACAUAGAGUGCCGCUAUAUGUAUAUAUGUGGUUAUGCUGUUUGUCACGGCUGGAUUUUGUUUUCCCUGCGUCACAUGAAUGGGGUCAAAUCAAAAAUCUAUGCUUUUCAUAUCAAGACACAAGAAUGGCAUCGAGUUACAUCUGGUCACACUGGCUUUGUCGGGAGGGCCGUGGUUGUAGACCAGACUAUCUAUGGCUUGUCGUUAUCUUGUGAUAAAGUGCUAGUGUUCUCAUUUGGGAUCAGUUAUGGUGAAGAGGGUCGCAAUAUUGCCUGUUCACUAAGCACACCCAUACCGUUGCAAGUCCUGGAUAGUGCUCUUAAGCCAUCUCGAUUCAGUGAGUUGACAGGGCAGUUGGUUCAUCUGGGAGACAAGGAUUUUUGUCUUGUCCAGACUAGAGACAACGAGUACUCUUGUGUUCAUCAAGAUAUUUGUAUCACCACUAUUCAGAUCAUUGCCGGAGAAGAAGGAUGUCCCAUGAUCAAGACCGUGCGUUCAACUGUUUAUACUGUGGACACCAAUGAGUUGGGUCAUUUUGGUAUUUACUGCAGCUUCACGCCGGAGUUGAAGGAUGUCGAACCUGAAGAAGGGGAGAUUGUUGCCGUGCAAGAACCAGCCAAAUCAAAAGGAUGAAAGCUAGGACGAGUGCCUGUGUGUAUCGCACCAAAUGGACAUUCCAGCAAACACACAAGUCACAAGAGCUAACCUGUGCCCACUUUUACAAGCUUCCAUCAUCAUUAGCGUCAAAGUCUCUGAGCUAAGUUUCCAGCCUUAAAGGCUGUAUCUGGUGGCAGAUUUUCAAGUUCUAAGACAAGGCCGAGUAAGAAAGGAAUGCACUAUAGAACAUUUUGUAAUAUGUGGUGCAUUUUAAGCCCUCAUAUCAACAAUCACUAAGACCUACUCCAAUUCUUAGAGUAAAACUCAAAAUUUAGGUUAUAAACUUACCUCAACUUGCUCCAACCCUUGGGCCAAAUAUGACUUAAAACCCAAAACUUAUUUUUGGGGCAAAUUUAGCCAAGACUUCCUACUGGGUUAGUGGGGCAAACCCACUAAAUACGUCUAUUUUUUUUAGUUUUA